CCAAGCGACAUUGGCGGCCCACUUCUGAUGGGAGCAGGAGCCAAAUUUUGGCAGACUCGGGAGCCCAUCGCUUCGUUUCUGUCAUUGCUGAAUUCGCUUGACCAUGCACGCAUCGGCCUUUUUUGCCAUCCUUGUCGCCUCCGUUGCCCUCGUCGCGUCGCGCCCAUUUGACGUCAGUGUACUUGGCGAUGCCACGUACUCGAUCGAAGGGCCGAUUUGCAGCGGCAACGGCCUCGUUCCGGCCGGCAGCAAGUGCCCUCUUCGUGGUGACAAGGCCGUGGCGGACUGCCACCCCCAUCUGAAAAGCUAUGGCAACGGGGUGUGUGUCGCGCCUGUGGAUGCUGCGUGCCAGAAGAUCGUAACAGGCGCGUGGGGUUGUGUAUGGGCGCCUCGCAACAGCACCAACUCGACGACGACGACGAUCCCGCCCGACACGAUCGUUGCGCCAUCGACGCUUCCGACGCCUGCCCCUACCACGUUUAAACCCACAGCUGCCUAAGGUGUUCAAACACCCAUCUGCCCAGCACUGGCGAUGAAUCUCUUGUAGCUCUCCUGAUAAUUAUGUAAAUCUGUCCUUGCCAUGCUCGAGAACGACACAUGAAGGCGAUGUAGAUCAUGCUACCCCAUGACUCGACCAAAUUUCGCGAAAGCACCAUUCGAGUGCUGCGCUGUUGUGCAUCUACCUCGUCGAUAU